AUGGAGGGGCAAUUCCGCCGGCCCAAAUGGUGUUCCGCUCCUCGGAGCCCUGAGAGACACAAGAGUCAGCUGCGUGCAUUGGGCAACGAGGAUGAACGCAGCUGGGAGGUUCUAGACAAGUCGGUCUACACGGUUGGUCGCCACGAAACAGCUGAUUUCCAGCUGCAGGGCGAGUUGGUUUCCAGAAUACAUGCCGCGGUGCUUCAGGACGUGGAAGGUGAGCGAUACUUGGUGGAUUUGAAGAGUACUCAUGGCACCUUCCUGGAGUCCAAGCGCCUCAAAGCUCACGAGCCGGUGAAGUGGCCAGAAGGGCAAAUGGCUUCUUUCGGCUUUGGCCCAAAGGCUGUCUUCAUGGUGCUGGGCUCAAUGGGCGAAGUGGCUCCGCCGGCCAAGCGACCGAAGACUGAGCCGCAGGACGCAGCCGGGGCACAUUGGGGGGGGACCAAAGCUGAGUGCGCUCUUUCAAGGAGCACGCUUGUCUUUCUAAAUAGAAGCAAGAAAAGGAAGGAAGAAAUCAGUGGUGCAUGCAAGGGUGGUGGCUUCUGA